GUUUUGUAUCCAUGCUCAGUGUGGAUUUUAUCUUCUCCUCCAUAAUUUUCCAACAAAAUCUCACACAUAAUAAAUAAAUAAUAAUAACAUUAUAUUUGGAAAUAACAAAAAUAAUUAAAAUAUCGGGAUUGAUCUUGUUCUUAUUUUGCCCCCUUCCUCCCACUCCCACGAAUCACAAACCCUAACCAGUGUGUCUGGGAUUUCAGAGAAAGAGAAGAUGAAGGGUCUCUUCAAGUCCAAGCCUCGCACUCCUGCUGAUGUAGUGCGCCAUACCAGAGAUCUUCUUCUCGUUGUUGAUCGCACUACCGAAACCCGCGAAAGCAAACGUGAAGAGAAACAGAUGGCCGAGCUAUAUAAAAACAUCAGGGAGCUAAAGUGUAUCCUGUAUGGAAAUAGUGAAUCUGAACCAGUGUCGGACGCUUGUGCGCAGUUGACUCAGGAGUUUUUUAAAGAGAACACGUUGCGACUGAUUAUCAAAUGUCUUCCGAAAUUGAAUUUGGAGGCCAGAAAAGAUGCCACUCAAGUUGUUGCCAAUUUACAAAGGCAACAGGUUCAGUUUAAGUUGAUUGCAUCUGAUUACCUGGAGAAAAAUUUGGAUCUUAUGGAUAUUUUGAUAGUUGGCUAUGAAAACACAGAUAUGGCUUUACACUAUGGUGCAAUGCUGAGGGAGUGCAUAAGACACCAGAUUGUUGCAAAAUAUGUUCUGAACUCACCUCGUAUGAAGAAGUUCUUUGACUAUAUUCAACUCCCAAAUUUUGACAUUGCUGCAGAUGCUGCAGCAACCUUUAAGGAGCUCUUGACAAGGCAUAAAUCUACUGUAGCUGAAUUCCUUUCCAAGAAUUAUGAAUGGUUUUUUGCAGAAUAUAACACUAAGCUGUUGGAAUCUUCCAAUUAUAUUACAAGGCGCCAAGCUGUCAAGUUGUUGGGAGAUAUAUUACUUGAUCGUUCAAAUUCAGCAGUAAUGACACAAUAUGUGAGCUCAAGAGACAACUUAAGGAUUUUAAUGAAUCUUCUUAGAGAGUCAAGCAAGAGCAUACAAAUCGAAGCAUUUCAUGUUUUCAAGCUAUUUGCUGCUAACCAACGUAAACCAGCGGACAUUGUUGGUAUACUUGUUGCGAAUAAAAGUAAGAUUCUGAGAUUAUUGGAAGACUUCAAAAUUGAUAAAGAGGAUGAACAAUUUGAGGCCGACAAAGCUCAAGUGAUGAAGGAAAUCGAAGCCCUUUAACCAAGGGAACAACACACGUGAACUGCAAAUUGUCAAGUGUCAUGUUACAAUGUGGUAUCUCACUUUAGCGAAUUGUGUAUUGUAGUAGUUCUGUUAGUCUUCAUCAAGAUGAGACUAUCAUUUCAUUCAGACUUGGAUGCUUCCUUUCUGUAAUUUUAUAUCCACCCUCUAAAAUUGUAGAUAAAUAAAUUGCUUAAAUGAGCUACGUGCGCUUUAUGGCUUUGUAGGUGUUAGUAAUAAAGGUCUUCCAAGUUGCCGUGUAAAUUAUUAGUUGUGCGAGGUCAUGCAAUAAUCUGACAGUCACAAAUUUGUUUGACUGCUCUUCUACUUAUAUGCUGCUUUUGUUUCUUAUAA